CAAUUUAUUAUGAGAUCAGCGGGUAGCAAAACGAAGAAUAGUUCAGAAACCGACAAAGAGGACGAUAGUCGGCCACCACCAUUCGUUCCGUAUAAAGUAACAAAUGCUGUAAGUUUGCCAAAUUUACAGGUAAUGAAAGUAGGCGUGGCAACUUACCUUGAGCUUUGCUAUUUAGACUGCAAAACCAGUGAUGGCAUCAGUUUCUAAAGACAAGAAAAAGGAUGGCGAUCACAAGAAGGAGUCGAACAGAGAAAAGGGAAGUAACCUGGAUAAAUCUAACCGACCAGACAUGAAGAUAUCGUCUGAACCGAAGGAAUUCAAGAAGGGGAAAAAGGACGUUAAAAGUAAAGAAUCAGAUCAGCAAUCGGGCCAGUCAAAGAACAAGAAGAAUCCCAGUAAAGGUUCGCAGCCCAAGGGCAACAUCGCCAAUGCGGAUCAUGCUAAUCAGACAGAGGUGCAAAGAAAGGAGAAGAAAGGCGGCAAAAAUGCGCCAAACCCGAAAAAUAGGGACAUACCUACGUCAGAUCAAAAGCCGAAGAAUGAGUCUACCAAGGCGACCAAGUCCAUCGAGGGUCCUAUAAAUGCUAGUGAGGAGCCGAAGCAGGUAGAGGCAGCUAGCAAGGCUAAGAACACACAGAGUAAAAAGAAAAAUGGAAAGGCGAAGGACCUUUCAUCAGCAGUGGACGAAUCAAACAAAAGCGAGACCAACAGUAUACAGGCUACCAAACCUGCCAAACCAAAGCGACCAGAACAGCAGUAUUAUCAGCCAAAGCCUCGAGCUGCUACCGAGGAUAUAUCCAAUGUUAUCAAAAAGGAUACUGCGCAAAGAGCCGACAAGGAUAAUCGAAUGGGCCAGCUUCCGACGUUACCAGCUGACCUAUCAAAUGGGCCUGCAUUCAAUGAACAGCAUGCUCACCAAAAUGAGAAUAUUCCCGAAAUACGUUCAAGUGACCGCGGUCGAGGACGAGGGCGCGGUCGAGGACAUUCCAAUCGAGGACGUGGUCGCGGAUCCCACGGCCGUGGAGGCGGCAAUAAUAACGCUGGCAGCCAGCCGACUCAACCUCCUUCAUGAUGGAUGUAGAUUGGUAUUUGCAAGAUAGGACACGUAAUAUAAAAGCUCGCUUUUAUCUAGAAUCUUCAAAAGAGUUUAUGUUCAUAAUUGGCAAAUAUUUUUGGGGAAGGAAGAGGCAGUUUUCUGCAGUUUGUUUUAUUGUGUACUUUUGUUGUACUAUUAUUUUUUGGGGAUGGGAGGGGAGAGGGUGUAGAUUUC